GAUUUCUUAAUUGCCAGGAAAAUCGACUGGAAAAAUAAUUACUGAGAAAGGACGCCGGUGUCGGGGCUCGGAAAAAAGGAUAGAGAAGGCUGCAAGAGGGAGGAGGGGUAGAAGAUUCUCUUCGGGAGACCUUGCAAUCUCUUCUGCCAUUCAUCGGGCCUCGCGCCACCCACAUCUCGCGGGCUCCAGUGACGUCACAAGGAAUACAUUCUGGAACCGGCACAGUUACGGUUAAAUGGGGUGAGCCAACACUCGGCUUCAACCCCAUGGAAAGUUCUGUCCGACCAAUGGGGAAUGGCGGUACCGCCGUGCGUCGACCAAUCGCGUAGAGAUCAUCGCCGGGGAAGGACGCGUACGCAGGGGGGACCGAGGUCUUAAGAAGAGCCGAAGACGGUGGUACCGGGACACUGUUGCUUCCGGCCAUCCGAGGGUGUGAAUCAUUGAACUCCUCCGGCUCCAGCUGACCUUAUAUUCCCCUGCGAAUACUUCGGCGCGCCGAAUCGCCGAUUCGCCGAAAGUUCGAAAGAGAUCGCCGGCUGCGUCCGCCGCCGGGAAAAUAUCGAGAAGUCGAAUUUCCGAAGCACGUCGGAAGUUGCGUCGUUGUAAGUUCGAUUUCGUCGAGGUCGAGGUCGAAUCGACGGUUCGUCAUGAGUGGAUCCGGCAAAGGACUGCUGGGGGUGUGGCUCUACAGAAGAGGCGAGCACUGGACCAUCAAGGAGGGAAGCCCCAUUCACAAGGCCACCGACAUCCCCAUGGUAGAACGCAGGCCGAACAACGACGUGAAAAGUUCCGUGAUAUUUUCGUUGAAAAAUCAAGUCGGCGGCUUGGCACGAGCUCUGCAGGUCUUUCAGGAUCUAGGUGUGAACGUUGUGCACAUCGAGUCCCGGAAAUCUCUGCGUCGCGGCUCCGAGUACGAAAUCCUCGUUGACGUCGAAUGCGAUUCGAUGAGGAUGGAGCAAUUAACAAGAAUGUUGAGCCGCGAGGUAGCCGCCAUUAAUUUGGCCCAGUACGAGCAAAUGGGAAGCAUUCCGCACGGUCCGUCACUUUCCGCCGCUCCGAGUUUCGAUUUCAGCGAAGUAGACAUGCCUUGGUUCCCACGAAAAAUAGCGGACCUAGAUCAAGCUCAGAAAGUGCUUAUGUACGGAUCCGAAUUAGACGCGGAUCACCCUGGCUUCAAAGAUCCGGUGUAUCGGAAACGUCGUGAACAAUUCGCUGACAUCGCGAACAAUUAUAGAUAUGGCCAACAGAUUCCCCGUAUUCAGUAUACGGCGGAGGAAAUCAGGACAUGGGGAACCGUGUUCCGCGAGUUGCAUCAACUGUACCAGAAACACGCGUGCAAGGAGUACCUUGAAAAUUGGCCGAGGCUGGUUAAAUACUGCGGUUAUAGGGAGGACAACAUACCGCAGUUACAGGACGUAAAUACAUUCUUGAAACGUACGACCGGAUUCCAACUUCGUCCUGUGGCCGGCUAUUUGUCUCCGAGGGACUUUCUGGCAGGACUUGCUUUCCGUGUGUUUCACUGUACCCAAUAUAUUCGACACUCGUCCGAUCCCUUCUACACACCCGAACCGGAUUGCUGCCACGAAUUGUUGGGACACAUGCCGCUCCUAGCGAAUCCAAGUUUCGCGCAAUUCUCCCAGGAACUUGGACUGGCUUCCCUGGGCGCCACGGACGAGGACAUCAAUAAAUUGGCAACGCUGUACUUCUUCACCGUGGAGUUCGGUCUGUGCAAACAGGACGGCGUGCUUCGAGUGUACGGUGCCGGUUUGCUGUCUUCUGUUGCGGAACUGAAGCACGCGGUUUCCGCCCCGGAGAAAACGUUCCGCUUCGAGCCGGAAGUCACAUGCAGAAGCGAGUGCAUCAUCACCGCGUUCCAGAACAACUACUAUUACACAGACAGCUUCGAAGAGGCGAAAGAGAAAAUGCGCUCGUUCGCAAAUCAAAUAAAACGUCCCUUCGGAUUACGAUACAACCCUUACACGCAAUCCGUGGAGGUUCUCACCGACGCUCAGAAGAUCACCGCAGUGGUCAGCGAGCUCAGGGGUGAUCUUUGUAUCGUUUCGAACGCGCUGAAGAAGAUACACGAACAGGACAGCACCGUAGACGUCGAGGGGAUAACCAGCCUAUUAACUCACGGCAUCGAGUUACCGCAGGACACGUCGUCGUCCGACAGCGACAUCGACAAGAGCCCUAACGUAGAAGCGCCCCAAAAGACCGUGCAGGAUCAGGACAUGGAGUACACCUCUGACAGCAAUACGAUUGUCGCGCAAGAUUAAACGAUUCCAUUCUACGAGUAUAAAUAUCAUGUUAUGCGGUGACGCGUACUAUUAAUUAGUUUUAGAAGCAUUGUAUCUGUAAAUGUUAUGUCUGCAUGUAGCACGAAGAAGAUAAGCUAAACGAGUACCUUACGGAGAAUUCAUGCUUGUAGCGAAUUUAAAUAGAGUGUCGUUGAGAUACCGAAGUAUCUAAAAAGGUAAUAAAUACACAAUAGAUACGAACGCAUAAUAGUCGACUGGUUCGAAGUAAUUUUGGUUUUAUGAGUAUUCGACGUAUGUAACGACGUUACGAUAGUGUAAAUAGUAUGACAUAGUUGUGUACGUACAGAAAUGUAUGUAUGUACGUGCCACGUACAUCAUUGAAUCGACUACUUAUCGAUUUAUUAUUCAUAGCGACUUGAUUUUUAUCAUUUUCUCUUUCGGACACGACCGGUAGAUUACGUAUUUUGGAAUCGAACAUUUUAUUAUGUGGUAUAAUAAUAAUAUUUAUUUGGAAAAUUCAACUUUCUGUUAACUUUCUAAUAAACAUUACUGAACAUCGAUUUAGAAAAGAAAUAUAGAGAAAAAGUUGUACAACAAAUUAAAUGUAUUAUUACAGACGAGAUCUCAUCUGUGAUAUUAUAUUUUUCUUGUAUAUAUUUCAAUUGAACAUGUGGUGCUAUCUACAGCGAACCUCCCUAAGUUUAAUAUAUCCGAGUCGGUAAAACAGUCGACUUGUGCCAUAAAAAACCAUAUGAUAUACGAUCUAGUCUUAUUAUGUACAUACUGCCUCUUUGUCAAAACUCAGUGCACAAUGCAGUAUGUACAAUGAACAGUCUGGACAGACUUAGUAUAUUCUUUGUUUGUAUUUAUUUUCAACUCUGAUAUCUUUGUCUUGUUGGAGGAAUAAUUAUCUUCAAAUAUUUUAUAGAAGCUUAUCAACGCCAUUUUUGUUUGGAAAUGUGGAAUUGGUGAAACAUGUUUACCAUUUGUUCAAAUCACAAUUUUCGAAUUCACAUAUGUAAAUCAAUUCGGCGUGGUUGCCAAUGAUUUAAUUAAAGAAUAAAAAUAGUUCACUGUAACAAUAA